AUGCAGCAUCCCCUCACGGGUGCAACCUGCGUAGCUCUCCCCAAUGUGGGCAUGUGUCCCCAGCUCUCCUGUGCCUUGACUUUUAUGUACUUACAGCAGGGUAAUCAGGAAGCCACAGCAGCUCCUGACACAAUGGCACAGCCUUAUGCCUCCGCCCAGUUUGCUCCCCCUCAGAAUGGCAUCCCUGCAGAAUAUACGGCUCCCCAUCCUCAUCCCGCUCCAGAGUACACAGGCCAGACUACAGUCCCAGAGCACACGUUAAACAUGUACCCUCCAGCGCAGACGCAUUCUGAACAGAGUGCCACGGACACGAGUGCGCAGGCUGUCUCCGGCACAGCCACACAGACAGAUGAUGCGGCACAGACUGACGGCCAGCCUCAGACACAACCUUCUGAAAACACAGAAAACAAAUCGCAGCCUAAGCGGCUGCACGUCUCAAAUAUCCCCUUCAGAUUCCGGGAUCCAGAUCUCAGACAAAUGUUUGGGCAAUUUGGUAAAAUCUUAGAUGUUGAAAUAAUUUUUAAUGAGCGAGGCUCAAAGGGAUUUGGUUUCGUAACUUUCGAAAAUAGUGCCGAUGCGGACAGGGCGAGGGAGAAAUUACACGGCACCGUGGUAGAGGGCCGUAAAAUCGAGGUAAAUAAUGCUACAGCACGUGUAAUGACAAAUAAAAAGACGGUCAACCCUUAUACAAAUGGCUGGAAAUUGAAUCCAGUUGUGGGCGCAGUGUAUAGUCCUGAAUUCUAUGCAGGCACGGUGCUGUUGUGCCAGGCAAACCAGGAGGGAUCUUCUGUGUACAGUGCCCCCAGUUCACUAGUAUACACUUCCACAAUGCCUGGCUUCCCUUAUCCAGCCGCAACUGCAGCUGCUGCUUACAGAGGAGCCCACCUCAGAGGCCGUGGCCGUACCGUCUACAACACCUUUCGAGCAGCGGCUCCUCCUCCCCCAAUCCCAGCCUACGGAGGUGUUGUUUACCAGGAUGGAUUUUAUGGUGCAGACAUUUAUGGUGGUUAUGCUGCCUACCGGUAUGCCCAACCCGCCACCGCCACUGCGGCUGCCUACAGUGACAGAAAUCAAUUCGUCUUCGUUGCAGCAGAUGAAAUUUCUUGUAACACCUCUGCAGUUACGGACGAGUUUAUGCUGCCGACCCCUACCACCACACACUUGCUCCAGCCCCCACCUACGGCGUUGGUGCCAUGCCCCAAGGUUCAAGUCCCACCACAGACUACAGAGGAGCUAAGCUGCAGAUUUCCAGGCCUCUACUGUCAGGCAGCUGAAAACCUGACUGUUCCUCCUCCCAUAUUACAGUUCAUGUUUAAAAUGAUAGUCGCCCAAGAAAGAAAAUAG